ACUAAACGCGGGACAAGAUGUGGAAAAUAUUCAUCAGUUUCUUGGUCCAUCAUCCCCCAGGGUCUCUAACACGACUCUCUCUCGUCUCCUCCCACCCACAUACUCUAUGUCACUCGUCUUCUCCUCCUCGACCUCGACGGCAUCAAACUCAGAACCGCCGCCGUCGCACCACCCAUUUCUCGAUUCUCCUCCUCAACGACAUCCCUAACUCAGAGAACCCAGGUCCCAGAACCACGACGAACGCACUCGCACCUGCGCCGCCCUCGAGCUCUCACUGAAGUCGCUCAAAUCUCGCAAUUUGUUGCUUCGCGCGUCCGUCGGCGUUUGCUCUUCUUCACCUCUUUUUCGUAGGAACAAAGAGUUUCGAUCGAAAGCAAUGGAUCUCACUCCGUUCAAGCGGGACGUUGACGAGCUGAUAGAUGAAUUUGCUAAGGCUGAAUCAACGAGUUUGGCUGAUAUGAAGAGGAUAUGGCUUUCCAAAAAGUUUUCUUACAUUUACGAGGCGCGGCCUUCUACCAACUUGGCCUUCUUCAUGCAGUCAUUGUAUGCGCAUUUGAUCGGAUACAUAGUCGGCACAGCUUCUUUAUCACACAGAGUGGGUGGACUCUAUUGCCUUUUCUGUCUCUAUGAGACUCAACCAUGCAAACCUCCAUUCAGGAUUUAUAUAUCUCUUGAAGAGCUGAAGAAACUUCGAAAGCUUGUUAUUGACACAAAGGAAAACCAAAUAAAAGUGGUAUCUUCCUUGGUAAGAAAAAUGCUAGAAAAGAAUACUUUCCUGUUUGGGUUCGUGGAUACAAACGAAGAGUCUUUUGCAGAGACAGUAAACCAACUGACACAAUUACAGGAUGCUCGAGUUCAAGUUGCCUACAAGGAGUUAUUUGCUAAUACUAAGAUUGAGGACUUUCUCCACAUGGACUUGGGAAUGGAAGUUGACCUGAAUACACUUAAGCAAAUGUCAACAGAGUAUGCAGAGGCCAAGAAAUAGCAAUUACGGGCCAGCAAGGUUGUGGACGUUGGAGAUAUAAAGCACAUUGCAGAAGGUAAGGAACUGGUUGGAGAUGUAGCGGAGAAGAUGGUUGGGCAAUGGGAUUCUCAAAGAGAAGUCUUUUAUCAACAAACAGGGGUAAACCAGCAACAGCUGCAACUGAUGAGUGACAAUGACAAUGACGACUUUGAUAAGGAACUGGAACAACUGCUAUCUGGAGCAGAUUAUACAAGCAGUUGAAAUUGGAAUCAUUGGAUUAAUCAAAGCGACAUGAGGAACCUUGUCAAGUUUCUGUGAAGGUAUUUAUUCUCGUGAGAAAUUCUGCUCCAACGGCUGGGACCAUAUGUGGGAAAUUCACUAAACAAAACAAAAAUGACAGGAUAGAGAGCUCAAAAUCCAUCCAAUCCCCCAUCCGUAAAGGCCAUAUGUAUAUCAUCAUAUACAGCAUACUGACAAACAAUGGUGAUUUUGAUAUUUCAGAGUCUCCAUUCACGCGUCACUGCAAAACUGAUGUCAAUUGUAACCGUCAGUUUGCCCAACAUUUAUAUUGUUCAAGCCUCAGUUCGUGUGUAGUUUUACUUUCCAGAGAGAUCGACGGCAUCCAAAUGUAUUGUAUCACUCUCACAUACAUACAUAUUUGAUUCUUUUGGCGAAAUUAAGAUUUAUGAAUUUUAUGAUUCUAGGUUAUAUAUGUUUGGAUGAGAGAUUCCAAGUUUUA